CGGGCCCCCGGCGGCGGCGCUGCGGAGGCUCCCGGGAGCGGGCGGCGCGGCGAGCGGACGGCGGCGGCGCCUCCCGGGCCGCCCGCGUGGGCCAAGCGGCACGCGUGCCGAGCAUGGCGGGCUCCCUGCCUCCCUGCGUGGUGGACUGCGGCACCGGGUACACCAAGCUUGGCUACGCAGGCAACACUGAGCCACAGUUCAUUAUUCCUUCAUGUAUUGCCAUCAGAGAGUCGGCAAAGGUAGUUGAUCAAGCCCAAAGGAGGGUGUUGAGGGGAGUCGAUGACCUGGACUUUUUCAUAGGGGAUGAGGCCAUAGAUAAGCCCACGUAUGCCACGAAGUGGCCAAUAAGACAUGGAAUAAUUGAAGACUGGGAUCUUAUGGAAAGGUUCAUGGAACAAGUGAUUUUUAAGUAUCUUCGAGCAGAACCUGAGGAUCAUUACUUUUUAAUGACAGAGCCUCCACUGAAUACGCCAGAAAACAGAGAAUAUCUUGCAGAAAUUAUGUUUGAAUCAUUUAAUGUACCAGGACUCUACAUUGCGGUUCAGGCAGUGCUGGCCUUAGCUGCAUCCUGGACCUCUCGGCAAGUUGGGGAGCGCACGUUAACAGGGAUCGUCAUUGACAGCGGGGAUGGGGUCACUCACGCUAUCCCAGUGGCAGAAGGUUAUGUCAUUGGAAGCUGCAUCAAACACAUCCCGAUUGCAGGUAGAGAUAUUACGUAUUUCAUUCAGCAGCUGCUAAGGGAGAGGGAGGUGGGAAUCCCUCCUGAGCAAUCACUGGAGACCGCAAAAGCCAUUAAGGAGAAAUACUGCUACAUUUGCCCUGACAUAGUCAAGGAAUUUGCCAAAUAUGACGUGGAUCCCCGGAAAUGGAUCAAGCAGUACACGGGUAUCAAUGCGAUCAACCAGAAGAAGUUCAUCAUAGAUGUUGGCUAUGAAAGAUUCCUGGGACCUGAAAUUUUCUUUCACCCAGAGUUUGCCAACCCAGAUUUUAUGGAAUCCAUCUCAGAUGUCGUUGAUGAAGUAAUACAGAACUGCCCCAUCGAUGUGCGCCGUCCGCUGUAUAAGAAUGUCGUUCUUUCAGGAGGUUCGACGAUGUUCAGGGACUUUGGACGUCGGCUGCAGAGAGACCUGAAACGAGUGGUGGACGCCCGACUGAGACUCAGUGAGGAGCUCAGCGGAGGCCGGAUCAAGCCGAAGCCUGUGGAGGUUCAGGUGAUAACGCAUCAUAUGCAGCGCUACGCGGUGUGGUUUGGAGGCUCCAUGCUUGCUUCAACUCCCGAGUUCUUCCAGGUGUGCCACACCAAGAAGGACUACGAGGAGUAUGGCCCCAGCAUCUGCCGCCACAACCCCGUCUUCGGAGUCAUGUCUUAGUGUCCGCCUCGACACGGUCACCCGGUCACGUCGCGCCGGUGAGCAGCCACCGUCAGGGCCCACACGAGACCGCAGCUCCUGUAAAUAGUGGCGUUUGGUGUCGCUGUCGAGAAGCGUGCUUGCGUCGCCGAGUGCAUGAGGCAGUUCAGUGCACGCCAUCCGUGUACCCGCUGUCCGACGGCCCUUCCCUCCCCGCCCCCUGCCUCCCCCGCCCACCCCCCUCCUUGCCUCCCCGGCUUCUAGUUGGCGAAUUGAAUUCUGGAGGAAUUCACCUGUGACUUUAAAAAUCGUUAGGGAAAAAAUGGAGAAGAUGACGCAAAAUAGUCCCCCCAGGAAAGAAUAUGGGGCUGCAAACCCUUUUCCUCCCGGCCUAUUUUUGUAAAUAAAAUGUUAUAAACUUGAAAUACAAAUUGAUGUUUAUAUUUCCUAUCAUUUUGUAUUUUCUGGUAUUUGGUACAACUGGCUGAUCCUAACUAAGCACGAAUAGAUAUUGGUGUCAUGGAGUGCCGUAAAAAAAAGUUUUUAAUUGUGAGGCAUGUUCUGAUAUGUCUGUAGGCAAACAAAAUAAAGCAGCAAACUUUUUUUUGCCACGUUUGCUAGAAAAUGAUUACACUUUCUUGGAGUGACAUGAAGUUUCAACACUAAACACUGUUGUACGAGAAUCAUUACAGAUAAUGUAUCUUUUCAUUUUCCUGUUUGAACUUUCUGGAAGUGUUUUAUGGAAGAUGCCGGUUUGCUGUUGGUGAGUGUUGGAUGAAAUGCUGCCUUGCACCCUCGUAAUAAAAGCACUUAGACUCUUUAUAAAGAU